GCAUAAUGCUGUUGCUGCUCCUGCUCCAGCACAGUGAUGUUUCUGUUCCAGAUUGUGCUGACUCACAUUCAAGAAAACAUGAUACACAGACACAAUGCACUGUAACUCUUUUCCUUUUCCCCAGUAACCUCGAAACUUUCUGUAGCUCAUGCAAUAAAUGGCUGAGACAGUAGGUGUGCUACCAAGAGAUGAAGACAAAAUCCAAAAUAACAGUGAUGACGAAGACCCGUUUCUGAAAUGUGAUGAUGUAGCGGCAUCCCCUGGUUGCUCUGCCAGCCCUUCAUUAGCCAGCCUUAAUGAAGACAAGGGAAGCUCAGCAGUGCCAGAAAGACUGUCUGUCCUCUCCAGCAAGGCCAUGGCCCAGGCAAAAGCCCUGACUGGCCCAGAGAUGGUUAGUGGUGACCAGGCACAGGAGACAGCCUCUGGGUUGGCUGAGCAUCAUCCGACGGCUGUAAAUCCAUCAUUAGGUGGCUCAUCCUACCCUGCAACGGUUGGUAACCUGCAGCCUGUGGGCAUUGCCUCCCCGUGCUCUGAGAGUCCCUACUGUGAUGGCAACUCAAGUUCGAAGGUGUUGCUGGUCCCGUGGGUGCCCGAUGUGGUUGGCGAGCCCCUGCAGGCUGUCGCUGCCCCCCCUGGGAGUGACCCCGGGGGCCGUGAUAUGCCGCAGGUGGGGAGUGGCAUGAAGAGGGAUGCAGCCCCUUGUAGCCUGGACCAGGCAAUUUGGAUGAAGACUGCGAAAGUAGCAGAGAGCUUAGAAAGUAAGAAAAAGGAGGAAAAGGAGAAGUACCGGCUCCAGCUAGCUAUGUACCGACGGCUUCUGCUGCUGCGUUCAAUCAGGAGCUUGCACAAGCAGCUGGAGCAGCAGCAGGCCAGAUUGCAGGAAUGCUACGGCACGGUAAUAAAUACCAAGAAAGAAGUGUUGAAACACAUUUGCUCAACCUCGCCCUCACCUUCGCCGUAAUCGUGUUGCUGCAUGCAGAAAUGAGCUUUGUAAUGCCACCGGAGCCGUCAGUAAGCUUG